AUUAUUAUUGGCCUCCUUCAGUCGUGAAACGACCAUGGUUUAUCUCGAACAAGUGAGAUGAAAGCCUGGGCAUUGUCUAUGGUCGGAACGAUGUCGCCCACACAGCAGUUCCCCCCUCUCCGCGCAGCUGAUGAGACCAAAGGAACGGAAUAUCCGAUACAGUUUGGGAUCAGUAGCGCCGCAGGCUCUGCCUGGCUGUAGCACAGUGUGCAGCAACCUGCCUAAGGAUCACCAGCUCCUGACUUUUCCUCAGAGUUGUCUCCCGAAGCCUUUCCUGUGUUUGGGUAUAGCCACAAGACUGCGUAGGUUUGGAUUCAGAGUUUUCCUUCUCCUAGAUGAGUAAGACGAAAUGCUUCUAUCGUAUUUGGGAUUUCUCUUGACAUUUUUUAAAAUCAACUAUGGGCCAUUGCUGCUGACGCCUUACAUCACUUCAGGGGACAUUACUACUGCUCGCACGCUCAGCCGUGUUCAGGACGAGGAAGGAGUUAUCCCUCCAAGCCACGCCGGAUUUAUCACUGUGGAUAAAAAGCUUGGAAAUCACUUGUUCUUUUGGUACUUUCCCACGACCAGCAGACGAUCGGAAGCCCCACUUUUGCUGUGGCUUAACGGUGGUCCUGGAGCGUCAUCGAUGGUCGGUCUCUUCUACGAAAAUGGUCCACUUAGGGCAGUGACAGCGGACUCGUAUACAGCAUGGAACAAAUCGUGGACCAAUUCCUUCUCCAUGCUCUACAUAGACAACCCUGUCGGCUGUGGCUUUAGUUACUCUGAAAACAUACCCCAGGGCUAUCGGACCACAGACGAAGAAGUUGCAAUGGACUUGUAUUCCUUUCUGGAGCAAUUCUACACCAUGUUCCCAGAGUUCAUGAGCAGGGAACUCUACAUUGGAGGCCAGUCCUACGCCGGGAAAUAUGUUAGCUCUCUGGGUUACGUCCUGCAUUCUAAUAUUCAGAGCGGGGCUUCGAAAUUGCCAUUUAGAGGAGCGUACAUCGGUGGGGCUUUCUUUGAUCCAUAUACACAGAUUUCUCUGGCGGUGGAGUUCUUCUACACGAUGGGAGCACUGUCAUGGAAACAAAGGAAUGAGUUCAAGGAAACGUGUUUUCGAAACUGGCCAAAUGGAUUGGCAUGCGAUGCAGGCUUUAUUGUACGAAUUUUGGAUUAUGACUCUAUGGACAACUACAUGGCUCCUAAAAAGUUUCCAGAAUUUAUUCAAAAUAUCAUGAACUUAGAAAAAGUCAAAAAAAUAUUGCAUGUUGGUAACAGAAGCUUCCAACUCAUAAACGAUGGUGUUAAUUUCAAACUUGGAGAGGUUAUUUUAUGGAGUACUAAAUCUAAGCUGGCGGUUCUCUUGGACAACUACAAGGUCCUUCUCUAUGAGGGAGACUUUGACGCCAGGGUGCCUACAGUCGGUGUGGAGGGCGCUCUUCUCACAAUGCCGUGGUCACUUCAGGAGGCGUAUAACAAUUCCAAGAGGGCUUCGUGGUACCAAGAGGGCGAGCAGAUAGGUUCCUUUAGCAGGACAGGAAACUUCUGUAGGGUGGUCCUUAGAAAUGCCGGACAUCAUGUUCCACAUGACCAGCCGGACAUCUCCCUGACCAUGAUGGAACAUUUUGUCCACUUCGGCUGUAUUGAUUCCUACAUUUGACCAAGUAUGAUGUAUAUCUAAGUAAAAAGUGAAUCUGCUUAAUUAAGCACAUGAAACACUUCGCUUUUUUAUUAAUCUUUUAAAUUGAAGAUCUUGAUAAGUUCAGUGUGAAAGUUCCAAUCAAUUACUAUCAAUUUAAAUAGACUAAAACUGUCCCCACCUUGUCAUGAAACCAUUAGCACAGAGUAAUUAAAUCAAUUAGUUCUGAGAACGAAGAAUACAGUGAUACCUUUUGAAAUUCAAAAAAAAGUAAUGUUUCCCUUUCAGAGCUUGCGUUCUAUAUGUCAUCUGAUUCUUUGGCCCACAGUUAUCGAGCAGGGUGUUAUGUGGCCAACACAACGACCAACCGCCUUUAGAGUCAGGCAACCAUUAGAGUUGGGUGGACUCAGAGAGGGGGCCUUAAAAUCCCGAAAAUCACAAUCCCAGUCUUCACCGAGAUUUGAACCCAGGUCCCAAGGUUUGGAGGCGAGCGCUUAGCCACUCAGCCACCGCGCCCAAAGAUAUACUAGUAUCAACAUUCAUAAAUGCUAUUUGCUUCCUAGUGUUGAUAGAUCAUGGAAUAUGUUGCCUGAAUCAGCCGAAAAAAAAAACAACUUGCCAGAGUCUAAUUCAUUGAUUAACAUGCUUCUGAUUCAUAAAAGAAGUUAUACGAAUUGAAUUCAAACUCCAGGGCUUAAGCCCAUCAAGCCAAUGCGCUAACCACACGGAAAACAGAAGGUUGUUAGCUUCAAGCUUUUAAGUGACAAAGUAUAAAGGGGACUAAUUCAAGUUGUACCUCCACGUCAGUCAAGUAAAAUUUCUUUCUCUUGAUCGAUACCAAAGACAAAUUCAUUACUGAUAAUUAAUUAACUAAUUGGCGACCUGGCUUCUAAUCUCGUUGAAAACUGGGAAUUUAAAAUUUGGGGAUUUUUAGGGCGCCCCUGAGUCCACCCAAACCUAAUGGGUGUCUGGCUCUAGUUGGGGUAAAGGCAGUUUUUCGUUGUGCUAAUCAACCUGUUCGUUAGCCGCUGGCGAAAGAGACACAUUACUUAAUUAACAUCAUCUGCCAUAUAGAUCGCCAGGUCUGAAAGGAAACGUGACUGUAUCAAGCUAAGUAUCAAUUAGUUUUAGCGGCCCCGGAAAAAGGGAAUAGACGUUAUUAGUUUUGAGUGGUCUGUCCGUCCGUCCCGUUUAGAUCUCCAAAACUAGAAAAGAUAUUGAAAAUCCGAACUCAUGAUAUUUUAGACCAUACAAAUUUCUGAUGCAACGGCUAGUUUUUCUUUUCUAAAAAAAAUUUUUUUUUAAUCAACUAUGCAACCAGUUUUUAUUUUAAAAGUAGACCAUUUUUACAUCUAUUCAUCAUUAAUAGAAACAAGCACGGGAGGCUGUUUAGUAAGGCAAAUAACUAUUUACCAUAUUUUUAACACAUUUAUGCACACGGUUUUAGAUUUUUUAUCAAAAAUAUUUUUUUUUACAACUGUAUUGCAAAGUUAUGUUAGUUCUAUCAUAAAAACAAUAAGGCUUGUUCUAUCAUACUAAUUACUAUAUUUACAAAAAAUGUUUACUUUUAUUUUUAAAGAGAAAAAUCUAUUUAGCAUGCAUAUAAAAGGAACAUAAUAUAAAGCAACAAUUAGUAAGUCGUUUUUCAUGUUAUCGUGUGAACCGCAGUGACGUUUCCAUGGCCCUGGAACACUGAACUAAUGGAAGGGGAGAUUUUAUUUUUUACGAAAAUGUUUUUGUUUUUGAGGCUUUGAAUAAGAGAUUGACCCUUUACAGAAGAACAAUUAGAUCAACUAGAAAUAUUAUUAGACAAUCAUUAUAAAACAUCAAUUAGGUCAGGUUCACAUCUACCUCCUCCUUCACUUUCACCCAUUCCUUGGUCUGCUGGGCCGUUAGGGCACGAAACAAUAUUGUAACUUUUUCCAUUCUUCUCUGUCAUUUGCCUUUGAUACAAUUUUAUUCUGAUAUUCUUUCUGAAAAUAUUAAAACCUUCCUUUUUUACCUGCCUGGGUGGACCACUCCAGGGGCCGAUAUUGAGUUUGUGUCUCCACACAAACUGUCUUCGUAACCUUGUUUUUUUUUAUUUUUAAAUGUAGCGCAAUGGUUUUUAUUCAUUUUUCAAUCAGCCUGUAUAUUACUUUUCUUUAUUUUUUUGUAUUGUUUGUAAUUUUUUUUAUGUUUACUGCGACAUGAACAACAAAUACUUUUUUUUUUUGACAAAUGUCAAUUAGUUAUUCUAUUUUAGUCUAUUACAAAUUCUAUACUUAACCUUUGAUUCUAUUUAUAGACAAGUUUAAUUCGGGCAGUUGUAUUGUAUCACAUUUAAUCAAACGCGGUUUAUCUAUAUGUGGCCAGUCCAAGUGUAUAAAUGUGUUAAGUUAUCAGAGAACUGAGCAUUUAUCUUUACCUAUAAAACAACCGCAUUGUGACUACAAGUGACCGACUAAAGUUUAAAGGAAGGUUCAGUUCUUAAUGGAAAACGUAUAGUUUUCUCACAGUUUUUUAACUUUAAUUAUUGAAUUUUGUUUUAAAAAUGAUGUACAAUAUAGACGCCUUUAUUUGUUUUGCAAUUUACUUGAGAAUUGACUAUGAUGACGUCGUUGCCCGGAGUAGGGCCGGAUAUAUGGUCGUGUAAAACAGUGCAGCAGUCAAGAACCUCACCAAUAUACUAAACAACCCCCCCCCCCCAAAAAAAAAGUGUUUUUAAAAAAAUGUGAACACACAUUAAAGUUAUAACUCGGUUCUGCUAAUCGCCAUCCACUAGGGCCAGCCCUAGGUAACUGGAGGCCCAGGGCGAAUGGAAUUUUCGUGACCCCCAAAUGAAACAAAAAAUAAAUAAUAAUAAACACAGAAAUGUAAAAUUAUGCAAUUUACUCAAAGCCUGUAGGAAGACAUAGAGCUCUUCCUAUUUUAAGAAUUGAUCCAAGUUUCGAAAUACUGUAUAUUCCCAUAUUCCAAAAAAUACAUAAGAGCUACUUGAGAGGCGCUCACGUGCUGGAGGUCCAAUGCGGCUGCCUACUUUGCCUAAGGCCGUCCCUGCAUCCAUGUACGUCAUGCAGAGGAUACGCACCAUCUUGUGAAAUAUACGUGACUUAUCUUAUAGAUCGCAGACGUUACUUCAAAAGAUAAGAUAAUAUUAAUGACCCCCUAUGCACUUCAAGUGUCAAUCUAGUUAUGGAUGCAAUCAGACCCUUACCGUCUGCUAUUUCUAUGGUGUCCUGGCUGAUAAUGCAUUGCCCUUUCCAUUCUGAGCACUUGUACCAAUCUGUCCAAGCAUAUACAAUAAAGACGGUGCCACUAUCUUUGUGUCUUUAUGAGUAUUCUACUAGCUUUUGUUUUUCUAUUUGUAAAAUAUGGUUCAGUGUUUUAUGUAAUAAUGUAACUUUACUUUUAUUCUUCUGACCUGAAGUGUCUCUAAAUUUAGAGAUGUAUUUAAUGCGUUAGUUAAGUAAACAGUUCCCCUUUCAGACCUUGUUGUCUAUAGGGCAGAUGAUGUGAAGGUCGUCUGUUUCUGUGACCUACGGUUAACGAGGGUGUCAUGUGGCCAGCACAACGACCAACCGCCUUUACGUUUCCCCAACUUAUGUCAGGUACCCAUUAGAGCUGGGUGCAACCAGAGGCGCCGAAAUACCCUGAAAUUAAAAAUCCCAGUCCUCAUCAGGAUCGGAACAGGGGACCCCUUUUUGGAAGCCAAGCGCCUUACCGCUCAGCCACUGAGCCGUCUUACUCUUAUCAAAUAUUUCAUUGAAAGGCCUGUCCAUUUCUUAAGUAUGUCCUUCUAUUACCCUACCAUUAAUUUAUUGUUUUUUUUUUUAUAAAUAUUUAUGUCCACAAAAAAAUACUGCUCAUAACCUGAGCACUUUGUAGGAUUACUAAGUGUUUCAGAUUUUUAUUUCAUUUGGACACUUAAGAAGAGCACAAUUAUGUCAUUGUUUUCAUACAAAGGAGUAAAUCUAUAAAUAGUAAGAUACAAUUUGGUCUAUCCUGUGUGCAUAAUAUGUAUUGAUUAGCAAGGUAUUUUUUUUUAAUAAAUCCUAAACUUUU